GAGACAAUAAUAUACACUGUGUUCGCAAUCAUAUGUGUGGCCAUCACUGGCACAGUAUGUAUAGACCCGACAACCGGUGCCACAACUCAUAAAAGGCUAAAACUCGAGCCGUAUUACAUGUUUGGUUACGAUUGCAAAGGGAACUCCGAUUAUAUCAAAAGCAUUGAUAAGAAAUUAUAUACAUGUUUGACAAAUGGCUGGAAUCUGACCAUGGACGAUCUGGUCAACUGGUCGGCCAAAUCAUGUUGCAAUGAAUACGAAUUGCAUCGCGGCGUUAAGACACUGGUUCACAAACACUGUCGUAAAGAUGAGGGCAAACCAGGCUCUGAAAUCCAUUUGCGUAACAAAAAGGGACAUCAAUUGAGUGAUAGCUUUUGCAACAGUCUGUCCGAUCGGUUACCGAUGGGCGCCGACUGCGACCAUAUCGUUGACAGUCUGGCCAAAGGUAUUGAUCCGUUUCCUACGCCCACUCCGUCCGUCGCCGUUGGUGUCCGUCCGCCACAGCAUUCCGGUCCCAACCAGUCAUCCACUGCUAGACCUAACCCGCAGUUGACCGCAGUUUCCGUAUUAUUGGCGGCAAUAGUGGUGUCGAUAGCCGUCAAUCAGAAAUGUCUUGAUCGGGUCUAUGAGUUGGGCAGUAAUGCGUUCGGUGUGUUAGGUUUGGGACACAACCGAUGCGUCGAUAUACCCGAAGAAGUGCUGGAAUUAAACUUUGUAUACGCAAUGAAUAGCGAUCAUCACUUAUACGGCUGGGAAUUGUUGGCUGUAGCGGCGAUCGAGUGUAUGAAUAUAUUGGAGCAGGUGGUUUUGGGCAAG